UCUCUAUCCUCUCUCUCUCGGUUCGGACUUGGUCCAUCUAGGCGUUGCUUGCCGCCGAAGAGCCCCACGCCUGAGCGGCGUCGGUUGCCCCAUCACGCCGUGAGCCGCUGCCACUCCACACGCAACGCCAUCAAUCACCACGCUGCAGCCUCGUAGUUGGUGGUAUCAAUCAAAUUUUGCUUAACAAGAUUCAGAGGAUUUUUCAGAAAAGUUGAAGGGUCAGUGAAUGUUUCAGCUGAGUAUCUAGAAUAGGUAGCGGGGACAAGAUUGUUGAGUGAACUUGAAGUUUAUCGGAGAUGUCCAGAUUUCGAUCAUUGUGGCAAGCUUCUCUGAAUGCAACGAAGAGAGCUAUCGCAUGGAAUGCUGAAGACUUGAUGCCUCCUACAGAAAGAUACAUAUUCACUUUUAAUUCGAAGGAAGAACUAAAAAGGUGGCAUCUGUAUUCAGAUUCUGAAUAUGGAGGCUUGUCCUCAGCGUCUUUGGAGAUCAAAGAAUCUGAAAAAGGACUCAGCGGGAUUUUCUCUGGGAACCUUUCCUCUGAUGUUACCGAGGGUUCAAAAUGGAACAUUUCUCGCAGUGGCUUCUGCGGAAUGCGGUCCAAAAAGUUUGAUGGCUUCAUUGAUUUGGAUGCAUAUGAUACAAUAGCACUAAAGCUUAAAGGAGAUGGAAGAUGCUACAUAUCUACCAUCUAUACAGAAAAUUGGGUAAACUCACCUGGACAAGAGGAAGAUAACUCUUGGCAAUCUUUUGUUUUUGUACCCAAAGACAAUUGGUAUAUUGCAAAGAUUCCUCUUGCUCGAUAUUUGCCAACAUGGAGAGGCAAUGUUAUAGAUGCAAACUUGGAAAUGAAUCAAUCACGUAUACUUGGGAUGUCUCUAUCUGUUAACGCUGAAGGGGGUGUUCCAGGUGCUAGAUCAGGACCGGGUGAUUUCCGUUUUGAAAUUGAUUGGAUCAAGGCCUUAAGAUCAACACAAUAAGUUCUUGUAGACUCAUUUGUAGAGGGGGAAUUGGAUGUUUAACGGCUGUGAUUUUAUGUUAUAGUGACAAAUGUAUCUCCACUAUUAAGCUUUUAUCAAGAACCAAAGGAUGUUUUCACAAGUA